UAUCGACUAAUGUAGAGUCAAUUCCGUCAAGAGAAGUUUGUUGCACAGAUUUUUCUCCCUUUACUGAGCGGUAAUUUUAACACAUUUUAUAGUGGUUUUUCGCUGAAAGCUGUAAGCAUAUAUAGCUAUGUUGUAAAGCAACUGUGUUUUGUUGUGAUUCGAUGGUAAAUGACAUUCCAACACCAUGAGACCAUUUCAGUUGACAUGUAUUGAUUGGAAAUCCAAGGAGAAGAAAAGCAAUUACAAACAGCUCUGCUUUGCUUAUAAGAACAUGAAAGGACCAAUUUUUCACAGGCAUUUAAAUGAACUACAAGAAAGGUGCUCAUGCCUAAUGAGCAGUCCUGGAAUAGAUGUUCCAGAUGUUGCAAGUGAUAAAGAAAUUGUCAUGAGGAUUUUGAAAAGGCCCAAUGAAAGUAGUCUUUGCAGUAACAAAAAGCGAAAAGAAGAGAUUCCUUUGCAAGAAAUUCUUCCAUUACAUCAGUGUCAAUGCAUCAACACUGAAAAUAUCCAUGAAAAGAUGGAUUACAUGGUGACAUCAAUGGACAGUUUAAGUUGUACUAUCAAUAACAGUUGGUAAUUUAAUGUAUAUAGCAGGCAUUUUAAAUGAAAUAAA